AUGACAACAAGGAUUAACAAGGGUCGUCAAAGGGUUGACAUGGUGAAAAUGAAGAAUGCGAGGAAUUUACAAGUUACAUUUUCUACGCGUCUUGCUGGUCUGUUCAAAAAGUCUAAUGAACUCUGUAUGUUGUUUAAUGCUGAAAUUUUCAUUGUGGUAUUUUCACAGGGUGAUAAAGGAGUUUUGUGCUUUGAUCACCCUAGCGUGAACCCAUUGGCAGAAGGGUUCUUUGAGUGGAACCUCCCUCAACCACAUAUUAAUGUCCACAAUCAACAUAUUGUGGCUCGUAAAGAAGGCGGUACUCGUGAUUUGAGUACCAAGCUCAUGAGCCUCGAGGCGAUUCUCGAGAAAGAAAAAAAUUGCGGACAAAUCCUUAUAGAAAUUAGGAAGAGAGCUAAUAGUCUAUGA